AUGUUAGCCUCUUUCCCUCAUGUCGUCGGCCGUCUGGCCCUGGUUCUUGGACUUCUACCCAACCUUGUCCUCGCCCAGUGCGGUCCUGACAACGAUGGAGCCCGCUGCCCUUUGAACGUCUGCUGUUCCUCGGCCGGAUACUGCGGAACAACGAGUGUCUACUGCAGCGACGGUUGUCAGUCAGCGUACGGGAGCUGCUCUGUACCUACGGUUCCCUCUUGCUCUACUGACGGUAAGACGGCAUCCAACGGCCGUCGUGUUGGCUACUGGCGCGUACAGCAGGCUUGGGACCGGUCUUGCGAUGUCGUCCUUCCCUCCCAGAUCCAGACCAACGGAUUGACCCAUCUUAUCUUGGCGUUUGCCGAUUUCGACUCUAGCAGUUUCGCAGUGGGCGCUCAGAACUCUCAAGACGUUACCUACUAUAAGCAGUUCACCGCUUUGCAGAGCAGCUCACUGCAAACGUGGAUUGCCAUUGGUGGCGGCAGUUUCUCUACCGAAACUUGGUCUUCUAUGGCAGCCUCAUCGAGCUCCCGAUCUGCGUUCAUCUCGUCUCUCAAAUCCUUCAUGGAGACCAACUCCUUCCAAGGCGUUGACCUUGACUGGGAAUUUCCGACAACCUCGAACGCCGAUGCAGAAAACCUGGUCUCCCUCGUCCGGGAGCUUAGAGAAGCUUUUGGAAAAGAUUUUGGCAUCUCAGCGGCGCUGCCAGCGGACUGGGGUAGCAUCCAGGGCUUCAAUCCUGCCGGUAUGGCCAAAUAUGUCGACUUCUUCAACUUCAUGGCCUACGAUCUACACGGCUGGGGCAUUGACUCUGAACCAGCCAAGAACGCUGUGACCUACCAGGCGAGCAUAGUUGAUAUCGCCAACAACCUCAUGCCACUGUGGGCGAACCAGACCGAUCCGUCGCUCAUCAACCUCGGCAUCCCCUUGUACGGCCGCGGGUAUACCCUCUCCUCCUCUAGUUGCAAAGAAGCUGGCUGUGCUGCCUCGGGGCCAAGUGAAGAGGGUUCUUGUGUCAAAGAUCCGACGGGUGUCAUGGUGCUAAGUGAUAUCAAAAAGGCCAUAUCGGCCAAUCAAGCCACCGUCGAGCUUGACAGCAAGGCUAUGCAGAAGUAUGCGAUUUGGGGAAGUGAUCAGUGGAUAGGCUAUGACGACGCUGAUACGUUAGCACUGAAGAUGGCAUGGGCUGAUGGAUUGUGCUUAGGCGGCGCUGUAUUCUGGGCGCUCGAUAACAACGGCGGUGCGUGGGGUGGUAAAAGUAAAAGCCCCUGCCGGGCGUAA